CGAACAGCCAUAGCCAUAGGGGUAAUCUAUCUGUAUCUGUACCCUAUCUGUAUUAUAAUUAUAAUCAUACUGGGUAAAAGAAUUUAGACUAGAUCUAUUCAUCUAUGAUCUAUAUAUCUAGAUUCGGCUCUAAACAAAAAUUACUUGAUUUAAAAGUUGUGAAGCUAUUAAGAUAGCAAGGCAAUCAUUUUCAAGGAUGUAUCGAAACAUUAGAACUUAUUAUCCAUACUUUUGGGUCUUUUGUGGUACUGGAGUAUCUGCAGUAACAAUUUACCCUCACACACUAGGAGUCUCAAGUUUCAAAGAAAAGAUAACAAAUAAGUCUCAAUUGGAUAUACAAGUUCUUCGGUUGGUUGAAGAAAUAAAAACAGAUUUAAAGAUACAUACUAAAAACCCCUUCAAUGUAAACAAAGUUUUAGAAAUUGUGCCAACAGACAAAAUAGAUUUUUUGUCUCAAGGCUUUCUCUCAAUGAGAUGGGGUGCAGUUAUAGGAAUUCCAAACUAUUUCUCAUCUGAUUUCAGCAAACAAGCAAAAGAUAAUAAAGACAUUUUGAAAAUUAUGGGAAUCGAGGGUGUUAAUGAAAAAAAAGAGCAGGAAAUACUUGAAACUUUUCAACUCAGUGAAGCUGCCAAAAAAUAUGCUUUAGCUAAAGAAAUUAGCAUGCUUAAUUCUGGCAAACUUUUGUUAUUUUCCUUUGCUGCUGGAUUGACAGUUAUUUUAAGUUAUGUAACAGCUAGGCUCUUCAGUUCCUUCACUUUGGCUUCUAUCACUUAUUGUGCAGCACAAUCAUGUCUAGCUUUUCUCUGUGUCGGAAUCUACAACUACUAUAAUUGUUAUUGGGAGAAAGCCUGUGAUUUGGAUGUGGCAAGUAUUAAUAAGGAUCUUGCCCUUGGAGGAAUAGAGUAUUACACUGCGUUACUUAAGAGACAAGAGGCUUUAGGUGGUAAGCCGCUGGUUGCAAAUGGUAAUAUAUUUAAUCAAUACAUGACAAAACUGUUGAAGCCAGCCCUGACAGAAUCUGAAAAACUGAGUUAUUUGACUGAAGUUGUUGAGCAAAAAUAUGGAAGGGAAUUAAAAUGAACUGUAAUUAGACAUUCAAAAAAAAAAUUAAAAUACUUUCUCUUGUAAA